CAGUCACAGAGUAGGAAAGAGAAUGACAACGAGACAGGAGGAAGUGACAGAAUAGUCAAACUGUGGAAGAGAGAGUGAGAAAGACCAAGGGCGUAGUCUGUUAACUACAACUGUUGAGUACCACAAACAAGCAUGGCAGUCUGGGAUCUGACCAUCACUGUAGAGGAACUGGGAACAGAAGCUCCACCUCUUAAAGUCAGCGUCACCUCGGACCUCCAUAUUGGAGGCGUCAUCCUUAAAGUCGUGGAAAAAACACAGAUUAAGAAGGACUGGUCGGACCAUGCGCUUUGGUGGGAGCAGAAGCAGCAGUGGUUGCUGAGACCGGCAUGGACCCUGGAUAAGUACGGGAUACACGCUGAUGCUCGUCUCUGCCUCACACCCCAGCACAAACCCCUGAAAUUGGUUUUGCCCAAUGGACUCACGCUCAGGCUCCUUGCCUGCUUCUCCGGCCCCACGUUCCGCAGCGUCAUGGGUAUCUGCAAGCUGCUCAAUAUUCGUCAUCCAGAGGAGCUGUCACUUCUCAGGCCUAUAGAAGAAAAGAAGAAAAAGAAGCAGAAAGGUGAUGAAGAGAAGGUGUAUGACAUCACUUCUGCACCAUUGCCUGCAGGUUCUAUUUUAAAGCUGGCCAAUGGCAUGCCUGCAUUCUUUGCUGAAUCUCCCGAGAUAGAAACAGUGUAUAAGAUGAUUUCAGUGAGUCAGCCAGCUCCAGCUCCUGAGACCAUCGCCAAAAUGUUCAAACCCACCAGCAAGGUGGACAAAGCGCAAGUUAACGGCAGGUGGCUCGAUUCGUCUCGCUCUCUCCUCCAGCAGGGAAUCAAGGAAGAGGAUAAACUCUUCUUGCGCUUUAAAUACUACAGCUUCUACGACCUAGCGCCACAGCACGAUGCAGUUCGUUUGACCCAGCUGUACGAACAAGCCAGAUGGGCCAUUUUGCUGGAGGAGAUCGACUGCACAGAGGAGGAGAUGAUGCUUUUUGCUGGUUUACAGUACCACAUAGGAAAAGCUUCCCUGACCGAGCAGUUGACCGAGUCUUGUCCUGCCAUGGAUGACCUGGACUCAGCUCUGCAGUGCUUGGAGGUCAAGAUGGAGGCCGAGAGCAGUGCGGAAGAGAUGCUGGAUAUUAUGACAGCGCCGGAACUGCAUGACUAUUUAAAGAUUUUCAGACCAAAGAAGCAGACGCUAAAGAAGUACAAGCAGUUCUGGUUCACCUUUAAGGACACGUCCAUUUUAUACUAUAAGAGUAAAGAGGAGAGCUGUAAAGAGCCAAUACAGCAGAUGAACCUUAAAGGUUGCGAGGUUGCUCCAGAUGUGAGUGUGGCUGCACAAAAGUUCUGUAUUAAACUGCUAAUUCCUGAACCCGAUGGCAUGAAUGAGGUUUAUCUGCGCUGUGACAAUGAGCAGCAGUACAGCAAAUGGAUGGCUGCCUGCCGUCUGGCGUCUAAGGGAAAGACCCUGGCUGACAGCUCUUUCUCUAGUGAGGUCCAAAGUAUUCAGUCUUUUCUGGCCAUGCAGAGGGCCACGCCAGGAAAUAAGACGGCCCAGAGCGACGAGACCAUCAACACACACAGCCUCGUCUCUCCGCGCUACCAGAAGAAGUACAAGCCCAAGCAGCUGACCCCUCGUAUUCUGGAGGCCUAUCAGAACGUGGCACAGCUCUCACUAACAGAUGCGAUCCAAAAGUUCCUGCAGAUCUGGCAAGCUUUGCCUGACUUUGGACUUUCUUAUUUUGUAGUCAGGUUUAAAGGGUGCCGUAAAGAUGAGGUGCUGGGUGUCGCUAAUAACCGUCUGAUCCGCAUCGACCUUAACGUAGACGAAGUGGUGAAGACCUGGAGGUACAACACGAUGAGACAGUGGAACGUCAACUGGGACAUUAAACAGGUCGCCAUCGAGUUCAACGGUAACGUGAACGUGGCCUUCAGCUGUGUCACGGCAGAUUGCAAGAUCGUGCACGAGUACAUCGGCGGCUACAUCUUCAUGUCCACGAGAAACCGGGAGCAGAACGACACGCUGAACGAGGAGCUCUUCCACAAACUGACAGGAGGCCAUGAUGCUCUGUGAAAGAAGAGACAGCUUAAAAAUACCAGACUGCAGAGAACGUCAGGAAAGCUGUGUUCUCCCCUGUUGUGAUGUCAUAUUGAAUUGCUUUAGAUUUCGAAGCGAGGAAGUGAAAACUGAUCGUAAGAGAAACGAUUUCUGCAUCCAAAAGCUUUCUUUUUGUGUGUGACCCACUAAUCCAGCAACACUAUUAAUGCUUGGUCGAUUGAACAAGUUAGUGUGUGUGCGAAAGGAAAGCUAUUCUCUGUCAUUUCAGGGUCACUUUUCUGUCCUCCAGAAUAGAGCUGUUGACGUCAGUCCUGCUUAAAUAAAACCAUAAACCACCGAAGUGAUGUUUUUAUAUGUUACUCUUGAUCUCAAAGUCUAAAAUAAAAGAUCAGAAAGAGUAAGCAGGGUUGUUUCAGCUCGGAGCGAACGUGCGAAGAGACAUGUUUUGUGGUGGAAAUGUUGUUUGCUCAGGAAACCACAAAACUCAGCAGCACAGGCAGGUGCAAAAAAAAAGAAAAAGAACACUGCGCCCCCUUGUGGAUAGACAAUGUCGAUGCUUACUGGGCCUGUUGAUUGGAAACACAUCCUGUGUACUGUACACCUGCUCAGUCAGCCAUCAUGUAGCAGCAGCACGUUGAAUGAAAUCCCGCUCCAAACAAUGUACAAUGUAUUUUUUUUUUAAAUAACUAAACCCUGAUCGAUAACUGAUUGCUUGUUGUGACACAACUCCUUUUACAGUUAUGCAACUUUUAAUAACUGAACAAAUGGACGGGUUUCACAGCAAUAGGGGGUUAAUACUUUUUCAAACAGAACUUCUAGAUAAAUGUGCAUAUCAUUAAGGGCAUUUAAAGUACUGUGCACGAGUCUUGAGUCACCCAUGAUUUCUUCAUAUUUUGCUUCCAAAGUAAUAGACUUUCUCGUAUUGUUUAAUCUAGUCUUGUGGAAUAGUUGAAAUAAAAGCUUCAGGCAUGAACCAGUGAGAAACAGGUGCACAUGAUGACGGACGAUC